ACUUCCCUCACUUUCCACUCACACCACAACCUCGACACCAACCAUCCUCCUCAUCUUGCGCAUUUCGCCAAGAUGAGACUGCGGUCGAACCACGUUCUUCGGCCAGUUUCGGAGUACGUCCCACGCCGCCGUCGCCAGACGCGGAGUGCGUCGGCACAGGCUGGGACGGAGGCCGCGACAGAGACUGUGCCUCUGGCACAGUCUGCACCAGACCUUGCCGAGCAGUCUGCUGCAGAACGGCCCGCUCCAAAGCGGAAGCCAGCCAAGAGAGCUGGCCGGAAGAAGAAGGCCGCGCCCAAGGGCAAGAAGAAGGCCGCUCCCACCGCGGAGCCUGAAGCUGCUGCCGGCACCGAAGCCGACCCCCAGGAAGACCCCGUUGCGCUCAUUCCGUCUGUGGAGCAACCAGACACCCGUACGUUGCCCCCCAGUCCCACCCAGGCCACCCAGGCCACCCAGGCCUCCCCGACCCCCCCGGCUCCCCAGGCUCCCAAGGCUCCUCCCCAGCGCAAGUUCAGAGAACGAGUCAUGUCGGCCUUUCGCUAUGGGAGAGCCAGCGCACUCCUCCAAAGAGAGCCUGAGCGAGCCCCCCCCCCUCCGCAAACGCCCGUGAUGGAGUAUGCCUGGCCGCCUGGCCAAGUUUAUGAUAGACUUGGCCGAAUCCCCUGGUCACUUCCCUGGACCCCACCAUCCCCCUGGAGGAACUUUCCUCGCAGAUUUCCUGGCGUCAAUGCCCCGGAUGAAUCCCAGCUGACCCCCAUGGAAGAACCCACUAGGAAACGGAACCGAUCAUCCGAAGAUGAUCUUUCGCCUUCGAAACGUCACAAGUUGACCCUCCAAACUCCACCCGGCUUCGAAAACCGUCCUCGCGGCAGCUCUCGCAGAACAUAUGCGGAUCGCGCGCGACGACGCGAAGCGGAAAGGGGAGGACGAAUCGAUCGUACCAUUUACCGUUUCCCCCAACUCCUGGCUCAGCAGGGAGAGGAUGCGAGGUCUGGCAGUUCGACCCCCGUGGCCUCUCAGGCAAGCGAAGAGACCGCACCUCAGGGUAAUCGCAUUGUCCCGCUAUCCUCAUUGCCUUCUGCACUCCCACCGAAUCAGAACCAAAAUCAGAACAGACCUAAUUGGCGCCAAUGGAUAUUCAAUUCAGUGACUGGUAUUUGGGGACGAGGCAAUGCGCCUCAAACUGCAGAGGUCCCACAAGUGGUCGAACCUGAACAUCCAACGGGAAAUGACUCCGUCGCGACACCCUCCUCAGCCCCCCUUCUUCCUCUGUUCUCGCGCGUUGCAGAGCCACAAACCGCAAACUCUCGUCUGACAGCCAGGGCACGCGCUCCACAAGUCGGCACAAGAAAGAAGUACUCCUACGAUUUGGACCCACAAGGGUUCGACCCAGAACUGCUCGCGCGCAUGCGCGCCGGGAUGUCGGAUCCUGCGGACCUCGAACCUGUAACUUCAAUCGAGCAAGUUCGUGCGCUUUACGAUAACGAAUCGAAGAAGCGUAAGCGAGAAACGUCACCCGAUGUCAUUCCACACCCUCCAGGAUGUAGUUACGGGUUUGACCCAGAUUACUUCAUCUACGAUGACGAUGAUUACGACGACGACUUGCCCACAGGCGAGCAGGAACUCCAAGAUACCCCGACGAAACACGCUACAGUCAGCGAUGCACCGGAAGAGGAGCAUGUCUCCAAACGUUUGCGCCAAGAUCCCCCGACUCGACAGGCUACAGUCAGCGAUGCGCCGGAAGAGGAGGAUGUCUCCGAUCGUGUCCGCCAAGAUACCCCGACUCAACAGGCUACAGUCAUCGAUGUGCCGGAAGAGGAGGAUGUCUCCAAUCGUGUGCGCCAAGAUACCCCGACUCAACAGGCUACAGUCAGCGAUGCACCGGAAGAGGAGCAUGUCUCUGACAAUAUCCAGUUGGAAAGCUCCAACGACCAGGUCACGUCAGAGCCCAUCGAGUAUUCCGCCGAGGAACUCCGCAAGGCCCGUCAGAUCGCAGAGGCUCGUCAGACCGCAGAGCAGUACAAGCCGAAGACCCCCAGUCGUCUUCGCGCGGCCCAUCGCUUCUCGAGUAGCUGUAACUCGUCUAUUGAGGUGGAAACCGUCCAACGUCGCAAGAUGAGAGAAACCUCAAUGGCUACGGCAUGCCCCACUAGCGAUCUAAGCCAGAUCGAGUGGCCCGAGACUGAAACUUGGAUCGAGACCUUUAACUGGGACGAUCCUAACUUUGAGAAAUAUCAGAGAGGAUCUUUCGUCCGCACUGAUCUGUUUCCCACCGAGGAGGCACAUUAUGAUGCUUGCCACAAGGAGUUUGCUGACCUUCUUGCUGCUCGGCGUGCAGCUUAA